UAAUAGGCCCGAAAAAUCGAGUAUUCGUACGAGUUUUCAGAGAUCCUUGGAUCGAAACAAUAAAGACUUUUGGCCGUCACAUUCACGGAUCGCACAAACUUCCUCAUGGCUAUUCUUUCGCAGUUGUGCCCGAGGAUGCUCAAUUCGAAUUCAACGAUAAUCCAGCUGAUCUCGGGAGGACAAUCACUCUUCACAUCAAUCACAUUAUAUCGUUCUCGAGGCGAUCAGAUCGAUCGCUACGGCUUUGCGGCCUUCGGCCUAACAGUCGCUCCAUAUGCUGUCAUGUCUGUGGUAAAUCUUCUAGGAAGUAUAAUGGUACCUUCAUAUCCUGCAAUGUAUCUCGUAGCCUCUUCAAUUUCUGAUGAGGCCAAAAAAAGACCUGGAUGCCACCUAGAGGGCCUUGUUGGCCGUUUGAGGGAAUUUGACGAAGAUAAGCCGAAUCUAUUUCGUUGUGAAAACACUCACUUCUUUUGGAUAAGGGAUCCUGUUUGCUUCGAAAUGGACCAGGAAGAGAAUAACGAGACAGAUAUCUACAAUUCCGAAGACAAAAUUCUAGAGAAGGGUCUGAAUAUUCGCUUCAAGAUGUCCAUAUCUCAACGUUUAGACAUUCAAUCUUCCGCCAUGGAAUCAAUAUCCCAGCCAAAUCCAAACGCGUUGGCCGAAUUAGAACCGCCCAAGUUGGAUUUCUGCUUCUCGGUGAGGGGCGAGACUGGAGGACAAGGUUCGGAUUCGAUUUCUUCUAGCAAAAGAUCUACCAUAACAGAAAGAACCAAUGGAGAACCCAGAGAACUGCACACAACAGAAAUCAGAGCACAAAGGAGACUUCAACCGCAUAUCGAGCAAGCGCCAACAGAGUGGCGCCGAGGGAUGUGGACAGAAAAAAAUAUCCAUGAGCCAAAAGUCGCGAUGCAAAAUGAGGCUAUAGUCUUUGUGCCGGAUUCCCCAAGGAUCGAGAGGACAGUGGUAAGCCUAGCGAAACUGCCGAAUUAUCACGUCAAAGUAUAUGCUGCAUCUACCUAUCCCGCCACCAAUCAAGACGAUGUGCAUUUUGAGUCACUUGGGUCAAAGGCAGAGCAUAUAGGUUCGGCGUUGUACGCUGCUUGUAUUAUUAGUCUAAUUCCCUUGGCUAUCAUUGGUGGCCUUUCAGGAUUCAAGCCACAGUCGGCUACAUUAGCGCAGGAGACAUGGACGAUGACCUGGUUGGUUUCUGGUGGUGUUGUGGGAGUUUGGGGUAUGUCAUUCUGGGGUUGGCUUAAUUGCGAUUUUGACGCAGGACUUGGUAGGACAGAUUUAAUUCAUUUUUUCAUUGGGUCGUUGAUUUUUAUGUUGAUUUUUGCUGUACCUACGAUAGGAGGAUUUGUGGUCGUUGGCCAGAUGCUUGUAGCUUACGGGUCCUGUUAUCGUUUUACUUAGAUAAUUGUAUUGUACUAGUUUUCUAUUGCUGCCAACCUUGAAUAAGAUUCGAACCUAUUGUACAAGGAAAC